CAUAAUGAAUAUUCAACAUUCAAGAUGGCCGCGUGCACUGCAUUUCUCUAGGUGAUGCAAGUUCCGUGAAAGAACCGGACUUAAUUAACAAGAUCCACGUUCAAAUUACAAGUUUCAUUCAACCAUUAAUAGGAUACAUGUGAUAUAUGAUCUCCUGUAGAAUUUGGAAAUCAUUGUGUCGGUCGUUAAGUGGAAACGUUACCGAAAUCUGGAAAAACAUGGCCAAUGUUGUUCAAUUAGGUAGCAAUUCAGAUUGCCUAGGGGGUGUUGUAGCUCUGGCAGCAAACAGUUUGAUGAGUGGCAAUGUCAUCUCAGUUCCCACUGACACCAUCUAUGGCCUGGCAGCCUUGGCUCAGAGUGCAGAAGCAGUGGAGAAGCUCUACGAAGUGAAAGGCAGAAAUGGGAACAAGCCCAUUGCUAUUUGUAUCAACUGUAUUGAAGACAUUCACAGAUGGGGCUACGUGACCGUCUCUGACGACAUCCUCAGAGACCUCCUUCCUGGACCUGUCACGGUCCUCUUCAGGAGAAGAUCCGAGCUCAAUCCUGAGUUCAACCCCUCCUCCGAGCUUAUCGGCCUUCGUAUUCCCGAGUACCCCUUCAUCCAGCAGCUAGCUGCAGCAGUAGGUGAACCCAUAGCGCUGACGAGUGCCAACCCCUCGGCCCAAAGAAGUACUCUCUCUGUCAAGGAGUUUGAAGACCUAUGGAGUAAGAUUGAUCUUGUGUUUGAUGGUGGAGUGUUGAGUGAUUCCGAGGAAUCAAGACAAGGCUCUACCGUAGUUGACCUGUCAGUCAUGGGACGAUUCUCUAUCAUCAGACCGGGAAGUGCUCAAGAGAAAACCGUCAAGAUUCUGAACGGAAAGUACCACCUGAAGGAGAAAACGAGAUAAUACACACAGGUUAUCUACGACAGAGCUUUUAUAUCAGGGACCCUUGUUGAUUCCACCUUUCAAGUACAGCAUUCCCUCCAUGUGGGACUGAGUAUUUGAACUUUGACCUCGCACUAUCGAUCCUGUACCCUUCUGUAAGGUAUUUGAUGACUUUCGAUCAGACUUAUUCAUGAGAAGAUUAAGCUUCCAGAAUGAGCGGAACCAUGUGAAAGAUAUACAGGGAAAGAAUUAAUUGUUUUACUUUUAUCUUGAAAAAUGGUGAUAUUAAUCUAUUGAGGGUGCUUAAUAGGCUGUGUCCAUUUUCUCCCAUGUAGAUGAAGUUAUUAUGAUAAUAAUAAUUGUCACAUUUGUAUAGUGCUUUAUGUUUCUAAGUACUUUACAUUGUGAUUAUUAUUAUAAGCUAUCAUUUGAAGACCAUGGAAAAUCACCUUCUUUUUUUGUUUAGAUGAUUUUGAUCUCCAUACUAUCUGUGAUUUGUAUUCUGUGGUCUAAGAAGCUUAUUCACCAUCUAUGGACACAUGCCUUUUACAACAAGCCAUCAAUUUGAGUCAUUUCCUGUAUUCUUUGAAAGGUCUUUGCCCUUGAUAUCUCUCUGAAUACUUGUAUUUAUUUUCCAAUGUAAAGUCAAAAUGGCAAAAAGAUCACGUUUAAAAAUUCAAUCAUGUUAUUAGGCUGUUGGAGGGCUGAUGUGAGGUUGAUGUAUAGAUAUCCAACAUUUUAAUUUGUAUAAUUGGACAUAAUUAUUAUCCAAAUGGAUUUGGAACUUGUGUUGGUGCCCCAGAGUUCUUUCGUUUAAAGUCAUUCCGCACAAAGCAUAGGAAACAUAGAUGGCUAUGCAUUAUGAAGGCGUAAUCAUGUAUUUAAUAUCCAGGCAAGAACAUUGCUUUGUUAUUUCUUAUAUGAGAUGCAUGUAUGUACAUGUACUUAUAACAGUAAAAUCAAGUAGGCAUGUAUUCAUCCACUCGUAUUGACUUUGUCAAAACCGAAUGAAUUUUUUAGACAGUUUCUUGCUGCCUGCUGUGUAGAGAUUACAUGGGUGAAGAUAGAAGACAAUGCAUGUCCAUAGUCCUUAUGCAGAUAAAUAACUUGUUAAGGUUGGUAGGAACUUGAACUACAUAGUAUGAAUACCCGAACCAAUGAAAGUUUUCUAUGUCCUAGCCUAGAAGUGGCAUAGACAGGGCUUCACUUCCAACUUUUUUCCUAGGGUCGGUUCCGCCAAAUUUGAUGAGCCAAUCUGCCCCCAGUUGCGUUUUGAGAUACUGGGAACUUGAGUGAACAUUUUGAGAUCCAUGUUUACUAUACCCAUGUGAAAUUUGGAGCCCCAAUAUACACGAGUGGACAAAUUUUACUUUCAUCCGGUCUGGUACAUACAAUGUAUCUUUUGUAUUACUCUCUACUCUUUUGAGAUACUUAUAUUCUUCGAUAUUUGCUUAAGUGCCAUGAAGUUGAGAUCAGAAAGAUGGACAUUAAGUUGACAGAAAUGCUGACACUGUAUUGGAAGUGGUUUUGCAAUCAAUUUUGUGAUUUAUUCUCUUGCCCAUUUUACUUGUAAUAUGAAUACUAAAUCAUGUGGAGUAAACUACUGCUCCAUUGAAAUUAAAAUUUAAUGAUAAGGAGAAUGUUUUUUAUGUACAUGUACUGAUCCUGUAACCAUUUUAGAUCACACAUAUUUUAGGCAUUAUUCAUAGACAGGAUUAGUGGGUUUUGAAAAAAAAUAUUUAGUGGAAUUCAAUUCAGUAUAUCUCCACAUGUUUAUUUGAAUUGUAUUAUAAUAUGCUGGUGAUGGGAUGCCCUGCAGUGCUUUAGAUUAGCAAUAUAUUAUGCUUUUGAUAUCAAAUACUUGUAAAACACUUAUAUAGUUUCAAAUUUACCAAUCUAGUUCAUUGAAAAAAUAUAGUUUCGUCAGAUGAAUCUCUAUAACGGCAACAGAAUCAUGCACAACAGAUGUACGGUAACUGGAAUUUGUUACAUCAAGAGUUCAAGGUAUGUCCCAUUUGUUACCAAGUAUCAUUGAAAUGUAUUAUUAAUGAAAUUGUGAACAUAAAUUAACAGCAAAAUAUCUUUCUAUUAUAUGAUUUACUCCAAAUCAAGCUCUAGUAGGGCCUUCGGCUUGAAACAGUCACCAGAUUUACUGAAUUCUGAGAUGGGGUCAGUACUCAGUAACAUAUGGCACAAUAUAAAUGUACACCCUGUAGAUUGGACUUGACCAUUUACUGAUCAUGUGUAUGAGCAUUGCACACUUAGUAUUGUAGUAAGCCAAAGACUUAGCACUGCCAUCAUGUCUUAAGAGGUUUAUUUUGUUUGUGAUAUACCUGUAUGCAACUGGUAUUAUAGGAGUUGUCCAAUACACAUUCAGACCAUUUGCAUCAUAUAUUCACUCUUAGAGAUGAGAGCAAAUUUUUCUUGACAUAGAGUUCAUACAAAAACUUGCAGCUAGGCAAUUGUGUGCCAGAACUCAAGCUUUCAAUCUACAUGAUGAUGUUAAUACAUGUAUCAGUACUGGGGUAGAUUAAAUUACAGACUGUAGAAUAGUGUAGAUAUACGGAUGCUUGGAUGGAUCAAUACAGGGUUAAUUCACUUGAAUUAGUAUUUUUUAUUUCUUUUUACUCACUAUGGAAAUUGAUUUUGAUACAUGUUUGACCUUGUACAGGCGUUAAGGUGAUUUGUAAAAAAAAAAAAAUGAUUAAAAUACUAGUUCACUCUAAUUAAAUAUAUUCUGAUUUUCACAACAAGACAUUGAGAACACCUUGAUGGUAUUCUUUUAAAAUUCAAGAUAUAUAAUUUGUAGAAAAACAUAGACUACCACAAUUUUUUCAUUCCAUAUGCAUUUAUUAUACCUACAAAAAAAAGAUGAACAGGACUAUUGAUACAUGCAUCAACUUUCAUCAUUUAGCGCACAAAUAGUUUCACUGAGACAAUAUGUCAUGCAAGUUAUUACACUAGUAUUGAAGUAAGGAAAAUAUGAACAGUAAACAUUGUAACAUGUACAUGCAGGUACCAGUAAAAGUAUCGAGUCCAUAAGUUGAUUAUGUAAAAUUGCACUGAUAAAUGCAGUGCAUAAGUACUUCCAAUAGAGAAAAAAAACAGAUUUUUAUGGACAAAGUGCUACUUAUGAAGAAUGUGAAGUAUAGCAUGAUUAUUUUUCCUUUUGUAAAUUUUUUAAAUAAAAUUUUAUAUAUAUAUGAUAUUGGAAU